GCGAGGCACCUCUCUGCUGACAAACGGAUUGUCUUCCAGAACAGGGAGCCGACGAUGGAGAUACCGGCUGAUGUACGCUCGGACUACACUGAAGCGGUGACUGAGCGUUUGAUCAGCCUUACAGAGGGCUCCGUGGCUUCUGACUGUGGCGAUGCUUCUGUGCUCGAGUCUUUCUCGAAGCCCGAAGGUGCUGACGUUGUCUCUGAAUCCUCGCCUUCCACGAAAUGCAGCGAGGUCGGUGAUGCCGCAUGGAGAAGCUCAUCAUCUUUGCAAAUCGAUGAGGGAACACCCACGGGGAUGGACAGCAUGUCAACUUCUUGCCAAAGCACUGUGCUGCCAACACGGAUGGCGGUUUCGGAAGCUGCCCCAACUUUCGAACGGCUGGUGACGAGCGACAGCGCCACAACGGCGAAGUCGGCCAACGUCAGCUCAACCAGUUCGGCAGACUCGAAGGCCGUCAUCAUUUUAGAUUGGGAUGACACGCUUUGUCCGACAACCUGGGCUAUGAAUCUGGUGGAGUCCGCAAAGAGUGAGGAGGAGCUCAUGAAGAUGGAGAUGGAGUAUGCUCGGCAGCUGGAGGAGCACUCUGCUGCAGUGGUGGACUUUUUGCGUGCCGCAAGGAAGGUGGCGCGCGUGGCAGUGGUGACGCUGGCGUCGGAGGAGUUCUUUCAACGCAGCGCCGAGACGUUUUUGGAAGGCGCUCGCAUCAGCGAGCUCUUCGAAGAACUAGGCAUCAAGGUGUAUUUUGCCAAGCGCCCUGCCAACUGCAAUACCAAUGCCGAAGUGGCAGCGAAGAAGGAGGCAAUGAAACGGUGUUUGGCCAACCUCUAUCCCAGCUACGGCGUUUGGCACGGCACCAGGUGGAACGUGCUCUCCAUCGGCGAUUCAGAAAUUGAGCUGACAGCGAUCAAGCAAGUGGUAUCCUCCCGGUGGCGAAAGUCAAAAUCGUUGUGCAAGACUUGCAAGCUGGAGCCGCAGCCCUGCUUGUCUAC